CCCCACCGUCUCCUCCCCGUCCCCCACCUCGUCGGCGGCUCUGCCAGAAAACCCAAACCCACCUCACCACCAUAUCUCGCCGCUGUCCCUAUCGAUCCGGACCCCACCCCGUCCACAUCACCUCACCGCCGGAGCCCCGCCGCAGCCUGUCGCCUGGCCUUCCCGCGCGCCGUGCCGGCUUGCUCCGCAGGUUAUAGAACCGGCAGGCUACGCUAACCCUAGCAUCCUCGGCUCGGCUGUAGAAGAGCACUGGGGGCGUGAGAGAGGGAGUCACCAGCCCUCGUGACCUCCUCCCGCUUCUACCUCGCCCCCGACGCUUGCGAAAAUGGGGAUCUAGGGAUACCCCAGCUCACUCCUUCCGUAAGCACCCCGAUCCCACUCCAGCAUCCAUUCCCUACUACUCCCGUGCUACUUCCGAAGUCCAUCUAUGAAUCCUUCUGUAGAGUGGCAGAGUAUCGUGAAUUGUUGUGCAAGUUUAUUAUAAAAAAAGGAUAUGCUCCUCGGUCAAGUUCUCUUUGCACUUGUUUCUGUGGUAGAGCUGGAUUCCGAGUUAAUUUAGUCUUCCUUCUCUGGUGCAAACAUCUAGUUGGAGGAAAUUAUGCUUGCUUGUACAUGUGGAUUGUGCUGCUGGUUUUGGCUAUCCUAGCUGAGUUUCUAACUGGGACUGCUCGAUUGCAAACUUAGCAUUCCUGUGAACGGGCAUAAGUUGGUGAUUGUUGGGUUUGUCUAUCGGGGUCAAUACACUGGGUUGUCGAAGAUUGCAUGUCGUUUAGAGUUUCAUAUAUCGAGAGUUGUUUGUACGGUGAUGGGUCUCUUAGGGCUUGGAUGUUAGCGGUACUGAAACUUUGCUUUGAAAAUGAACUUUUGCUCAUGGGGGUGUAUAUGUUCACUUAAACAUGCUAUCAAUAGAAAAUACAAAAUAGAAACCCCCCUCCCGAUAUUUUUUUAGGCUCUGAGAGGAGAAGAAAGGCUGGAAUGCCAUCGCUCUAUUCUCCAAUUCACCCGAUCUGGUAAUGUUUAAUUUCCUGCACCGUGUUAUUUCUGUCUGCUUUACUUUGUAUCAUGCGUUCCACUCACUGAGUGGCUUGCACACGUUCUAGUAUCAUCAGUGCAUGCCAAAUUUGAUUACCUGGAUGAUUGUUGUUAUGAAUCUACAGAAAAAGGCUUCCUUGGGCCGCAAGUAGUCGCAUUAGAUAUUAUUUCACACAGCAUUGGUCAAACUGAAAAUGGUAUGUAGUUUGUUCAGAACUUUAUUUUCUAUAUGGCAUACCUGAGGAAGGUUUACCCUCCUGUCACAAGCAACAACAUAUCAAUAGUACUAAAAUGCAUUUAUAUUUAUAUUUUCCUAUUUUGUAGAGGUGGUAUUUCCUUCAGAAUUUGUGUGAUUUGUUCGUGCAGAGAUGAAUAUUCUAUGGUACUCAUCAUAUCAAUCAAUGAUUAAACAUUUAAACCAGAAAAAGUCCAUAUUUGUUUCUUUCUAGUGCUGAGCGUCUUGUACUUUGUCGUUUCUGCAUGCUACUUCUAUCCAUUCCAAUUCCGCUCACAUGUUCCACUUAGUGACGUGUUCUACUUAGUGAGUCGACAAUAGUUGCUCUACUAUCAUUAGUGCGGAUUUGAUCAUUGGAUGGCUGGUGUUGACUGAUGUUGAACACCUGGAGAAUGUAUUAUUGCUCCAGUAGUAGUUAUUGGGCUGCACAGCAUAUAAUUUUAAACUUUAAUUAUUGUUGCUUAAAAUAUUACAGAAGAAAGUAUGCGCCAAGAUAGUGAUAUUGAUACUUGUAAUUGUGGAAAAUAUUUCUUGGUUUGCAAGUAAUCUUAAUGUGAUUUUUAUGCAAGAAAUUACGCAAAUCUACAUGCCAUCCCUCAUUUGAGCUUUUGCCUUGGCUUAAUAUGGUAUGCAGCGAUUGGAUCGUCAUUUUUUUUCUAUGUUGGGUAAAAUUUAUUUACGUUAGCACUUAGUGCAUUUAACAACUGUGCUGUACUUUUGAAUACCAGAAAAACGGGUCAAAUAUGAUACUCAUUGCUGCAUAUAUUGAGAAAUAAAUCCUAUAAGACUUCCUAACCUUUUGGGCCCUUGAUUAGAGCUCCUUUAAAUUAUGAUACAUGGCAAAUGGAUGAAAUGGUUGAUUUAUUCUAUCACAUGUCAUUGGAUUGAAAGGGUCCAAACUCAACAUGAGUUCGUCCCACAGGUUUCUUCUUCCCUUGCUUUCAGUCAUCGGGAUGACCAUUUUUUAGCCAUCACUCCUAGAAAUUCAGGUCUAUCCUAUAAAAUAAAUUUGAUAUCCAUUUUCAAAUCGGGAUGCUAUGAGUUUUUUUUGCAAGCCUUAUUGAUUUGCAGACUGCAAGCAGUGCCUAGACACCGAAGUCAGCCUUGCAGUUUUGCACCUUGCGGUUGCAGGAUGUAAUCUCGCAAGCAUCAAUCGAGAGGCAGGUUAGACUGGUACGCUGUGGGGACAGCAGCGUAAGUAAACAGCACCAAACUUUCAUGUUUCUGGCGAGUGAGAAGUCUAAAUCAGUCUCCUUCACUUUAACUAAAGAUAAUGCUUUCUUGUCAUUAAGAAUUGGAUUUCGACAUCUUGAAUGCUUCUAUUAGUUUGUGUUUUGAUUUUUAAAUUCUAGAGGUUGGCAAACGGCAAUGCAUACAUAUCUUACAGCACUAUCAGAGAGUGAUAACCCAAACCGCAUUCACCUGAACACUGUCAUAUUCCUGUUAGAUCCCUGCCAAUUGUUUUUUUGACAGGCUUCAACACCUAAUUGUGGAGCUGAUAUGUCUGCUACAGAUCCUUUCUUAGGAGAAAAGGAUCAUAGACACACUAUGGAUGUUCAUUAUUUAGGAACCAACUUAACUAGACCUUUUAUUUUACACUAUUGAUGCAUUCUUUAUUCAAUUGAUGUCCAUUGUGCAGUUAUGAGUGUUAGCAAUACUGUUCUGCUAAUGUUCCAUUACUAAUUCACCAACUUGUUGUAGAUCCUUACUCUGUCACAAACUUUCUGUCACGAAUUCUUGAACUGUGUUUUCUAUUUGAGCGGCAUUCAUUCAUUAUCUUAUACAGGGCCAUUUUCUACGAUUGAGAUGUCAAUAUGAAGGGACGACUAUAAUUGUAUACAUAUUAGAGUUAGUUUUCUUUUUCUAUAUUUGUUCGGAAUUAGAAACAAGCUUUCUCAUGGCAUCACCACAAGAAUCCAAUUCUGUAUGCUUGAAGCGAAAGCUUGUUGAUGACUGCCUGUCAAAAGACUGCAAAUCGCGCCGUGUCAAAUCUGAGAAUGGACCCUCAUUUGAUUCAUCUGCUAAACGUUGCAACUGUUGUUGCACGCGACCUAACCUUGCCAAUGAUUGUGCCAAUUUCCUAAAGAGUGGAGCGCCUAGCCGUAUCAUGUACUACAAACAAGGGUCUUGGCACAAUUUUCCUGAGCAAAUAAUGAAGUCCCUCAUUGAAGAAUUCAGAGGCAAUAAAUCGAGUGUUGUGUCUGUGAUGGACGAUGAGCCCAUUCUUGUUGAUUUCUUGUCAAUGACCCUUGUCAACCUAAAAACCAGAAAGCAGAGGUCUGUUGCGUGGUUUGAUGACACUGGCUAGCGUUUUUUUCCUUCCCUGUUCUUUGAUGAGGAAAGUGAUGAAUUGGCCAAAGGGAAUUCUGGUAAUGCUGACAGCACUGCACAGGGAAUAAUGGUAGACAAGGUUGCGAGUUCUCCACCUGAAGUGGUCAAGCAAGUUGUUCUUGAAUCUAGCCCUCCAGCUCCUGAAAAACCUUCGACUGUAGACAUAUUGCGCAAGAAGAUCACAUCUGUGGAAAGAGGCAGUGAAAGCUUUCUAUUUGUCCAGGAUCUUUUUCUCUCUGGUAUGGGUCCAUUUGCAACACCAAGUAACAUUCUUCAUAUCCACCGCUACUCUCCGAACGAUAUCACUGCUCAGUGUAGAUUUGAAGCUUUUGAAAGACAGAUGAAGGCAACUAAAGAAGCACGUGGUGAUGCAAACGUAAGGUAUGGAUGGCUAGGAUCAAGGAAGAAUGACAUAGUUAGGAUUCUCAUUAAUGGUUUGGGUACCACUGCAAAUCCUAUUGAGAAAGCAGGCUUGAGUGCUGGUGUAUAUCUUUCACCAGAAAACCGAGCCUUUACCAGUGUUGGUCUUUGUGAUGUUGACGAAAAAGGUGUGCAGUAUAUGUUGCUGUGCCGUAUGAUACUGGGCAACAUGGAAGCUGUUGAACCUGGAUCACAAGAAUCUUUUCCAAGCAGUGAGAUAUAUGAUUCUGGUGUUGAUGAUUGUUCGAACCCAAAGUGUUUUGUGAUGUGGCCAUCACAUCUAAGCACUCACAUCCGUUUAGAAUAUCUUGUUAGUUUCAAGCUUGUCUCAAAAGUUCGACAUUAUUUGCUUGACCUGAAGGGUUUAUGGUUUCACCCAUCACCGAAGGAAGCUGCAAUGGAUAUUUCUACCCUUCAACCUGUAACGUGUGAAACAGGUGAAGGACCAACUUCCCCAUGGAUAUCAUUCAGAGUUUUGUUUGGAGUGAUUCAGGACAAUAUAUCAUCUGUAGCAAAGGAGCUUCUCUUCCAUCAUUAUGAGGAGCUGAAGGAGAGCAUAAUUUCUCGCGAAGAAAUGGUGAAGAAAAUGAUAAUAAUAGUUGGAGAAAAAAUACUUUUGGAGGCCUUGAAGAAACUUCAUUACUGUCCAUCAUUGUGGUACAAGCCUUCUGUUGAAGCGGUGUCUAGUCAUCCCGUAAUGGCAGCACAAGAACAACUAUCAUUGGAUAAGGCAGGUGGGAAUUGUUCAUUAACUCUUAAUGUUAACGAUGGUGAUUCACAUGCACCAAAUGCUGUGGCUGAACACGCCACAGUUAGCAACAAAGGAUGUGAUGCCCUUGCAACAGAUAUGGUGCCCAAUGGCCAUGAAUGUGUGGCAGCAAGUGGUGUGCCAGAAACAUCUAAUUCUGCCAGUGUCAUAUGCGGGAGUUCUACAAGUGUGGAACCCAAAGGCAGAGAUUCUCAUAUGCAAAUCAUGCCACCUGGGACCUCGGCAACCCUGUGUGCCAAAAACCAUGGUUCUUCCAUGGGAAGAAUGGCACCUAUAGUUCACGAUGGCCUUUUGAGGACAAUUUCUGGAAACUCUGCAUCACCUGGUCAAGUUUGCAAAUCUGCUACACCAAUCGCAGGGCAUUCUGGUUAUGCUUCUCUAGCACAAACUAAUGCUUCCAAACCCCAUGGAGUUUCUGCUCCAGGUCUCACUUCUAAGGGCUAUGAAUCUGCUGUACCAAGCUUGGCACUUGGAAAUUCUAAAAGUACAGGCGUGAAACGUCUGAAUUCUGCACCAAGAAUGACACCUGAAGGCCAGGAAUUCCUUUCACUGGGUAUUGCAUCACGACCACCUCAUUUAGUAAAACUCCAGGCCGGUUUAACAUCGGUUGCCAUACCUCCAGUUCACAUGCCAGGCCGUGGAAAAUCAUCGUCAAUGAGCACCGAGGGCCGUGAUUCUCUGACAUUGAGUAUCACACCAAAAUGCAAUGGUGGCCCAGCAUUAAGUCAAGCGCCAAAGCGCCAUGAAUCUCCAAUAGCUGAUACGAGCACAAAGGGCCAUGAUUGUGUAACUCCAAUUUGCUACAUACAUUGUAGGAAGAGAAGAGGAAGAGAGAAGAGGCUGAGAGGAAAGCUAAGCUUGAUGCUAUUGCAGCCAAACAGCGACAGAGAGAGAUAGAGUUAGAAGAAAAGGAAAAGGCGCGGAAGGAACAGCUCUUAAGAGGAUCUGAGGCUACGCGUGUUACUGAUUCCGCCCCUGUUGCACAGCCACCUCGCGAGCCAGCAGCCCCUGCUGUAGCAGUAGCUGCCACCAUCGCUCCAGCUGCUGGCAAA